AUGUCUGUGAAAGGCACAUCCUCGAGCGCUGACUAUAUUUGGUCCUGCGAUCUCGGCUUAACCACGUUUUGCUGCCACGAUUCUGCCGAGAGCUUGGGCCAGUUUGACUGUUGUUCGGAUGGUACAUUUUCGCUCCCGUCACCGAGAAUCCUGGGUGGUCAAGUCAGUCAAACCGCUGGCUCGAGUAUACCUACCUCUACGCCAUCCGAUUCAAGUACAAGCACAAGCACAAGCACAAGCACAAGCACAAGCACUAGCACUGGCACAGGCGUAAGCACUACUUCCCAAUCUACAACAUCCACGGCUCCAUCAAGCCAAGAGAGCUCACCAUUACCACCAUCCGCCGGUUCCGCAGCCUCGAAAUCUAGUGGCCUAUCGACUGGUGCAAAAGCAGGAAUCGGUGUCGGAGUAGCCGUCGGCGCGAUUCUUAUAAUUAUUUUUGGGAUCUUCUUUUUACGGGCGCGUUCUAAGAAACAGCCAAGAGCUGAAUUGAGCGCUGCAACUCCGUCAGAACAGCCAACGUCGGAGAUUGAUGGUAGAAGUGUUCUCGCCCGGCAGACGAUUCCUCAGCAGAUAGCCGGCAAGCCUAUGUCUGAACUGAGCUCUGGGAGGACCGAGACUACGAGACCUGCGUAUGAAUUGGGGUCAUAA